AACUGGAAACAUGUCUUGAAUACGUUUAGACUGUGGCGUUCGACCAAUCCUGGCUCUUUACGUAACUGUGACUACGUCCGUGAAGCCGUACGCGGGAGUGCUUCAACGUGGACUUCUGUGUUGUUGUUAUACACAAAGAACGGUUUUCUUCUUCGGGCAUUACCUCCAACUUAAUUUUGACAUCUGCAAAAGCUACAGCUCAGCUAAGCAGUGAGAGAGAUGCUAAGCUCCAAGUUGCUGACCUUGGUGCUGGUGGUCCAGCCAGGCAGAGUGCUGCUGGGCAUGAAGAAGAGGGGGUUCGGGGUCGGCAAGUGGAACGGGUUUGGGGGCAAAGUUCAACCAGGUGAAACCAUUGAGGAUGCUGCUAGGAGGGAACUCCAGGAGGAAAGCGGGCUCACGGUGGAUGCGCUCGAGAAGGUCGGAAAUAUAAAAUUUGAAUUUGUCGGAGACACGCAGCUGCUCGAUGUCCACAUUUUCAGAGCCGACACUUACAACGGAGAACCAACGGAGUCAGACGAAAUGAGGCCUCAGUGGUUCGAAAGCGACAAAAUUCCUUUCGGCCAGAUGUGGGCGGACGAUGUCCUGUGGUUCCCUCUGAUGCUCGAGAAGAAGAAAUUCGUCGGAUACUUCAAGUUUCAGGGUCACGACAUGAUUCUCAGCCACACACUGGAGGAGGUGAAGGAGCUCUGACGUGAAACGUCAUGGCUAUUGUCGGUCGUUGGUAAAAAAAAAAAAAAAAAGACAAUCGUUCAAUGUUCAUGUUAUUGUUAUUGUCCUGGUUCAUAUCAUGGGAAGACACAAGAAGACGCUGAGGAUUUGACAGAGCUACAGCUACAGCACCUGUGUUUGCAUGCUACUUGAAUGCAACAUUUCUUUGUAGAAUUAAAACUUUUUUUUUAAUCUUU